AUGAGUUCCAGCAAAGGUCAAGAGGGUUCGGCGGUGCCCACCAAGCAGAAAGGUUCAUGGUCCAGCUUUCUCAAGUCCAUAGCAUCCUUCAACGGCGACUUGUCAUCCAUGACCGCACCUGCGUUCAUUCUCUCCACCACCUCCCUCGUCGAGUUCUCCUCAUACUGGACCGAGCACCCGUCCGUUUUCGUCGCACCCGCUGCCGAGAAAGACCCUGCGAAGCGAUGCAUGCUGGUAUUGAAGUGGUUUCUCAGCACGCUGAAGCAACAGUACGCCAGUCGUAGUGAGAAGCUGGGUAGCGAGAAGAAGCCUCUGAACCCUUUCCUGGGCGAGUUGUUCCUUGGCAAGUGGGAGGACGAGUCAGGUGAGACACAGCUGGUCAGCGAGCAAGUCAGCCACCACCCUCCUGUUACGGCAUACUCCAUCUGGAACAACAAACACGGCGUCCGGCUCCAGGGCUACAACGCGCAGAAGGCGUCCUUCAAGACCACCAUUAACGUGAAGCAAGUUGGUCACGCUAUGUACCACAUUGACGGCUUCAACGAAGACUACCUUAUCACCCUUCCUCCGCUGCACAUUGAAGGUCUGGUGGUAGGAGCGCCAUACGUUGAACUCAACAGCGCCACGUACAUUCAGUCCUCGUCCGGUUACACUGCGAAGAUUGAGUAUAGCGGCCGCGGUUGGGUUAGUGGCAAGUCCAACAGCUUCACCGCUAGCGUCUACCCCGAGGACAAGAAGAAGGAGCCCAUCUACACGGCAGAGGGUCAAUGGACUGGAAAGUUCAGUUUCAAGGAUGCCAAGACGAAGCAGGUUGUUGACACCUUCGAUCACGGAGCAACGAAGCCGACUCCUCUGACAAUUGGUGCCAUCGAACAACAAGAUGACUUCGAAUCACGAAGAGCAUGGAAGAAGGUCGCCGAUGCCAUCACAAAAGGCGACAUGGACACUACGUCAUCCGAGAAAUCCAUCAUCGAGAACCGCCAGCGCGCUAUGCGCAAGACCGAGAAGGAGCAGGGCAAAGAGUGGGAACGCAAGUUUUUCAAGCGCAUUGAGAACGACCCGACUUUUGAGAAACUCGCUGCCAAAAUCGGUGAACAAGUUAACAAGGACGCGACCAACGGAGUAUGGGCAUUCGACCAAGAGAAGGCGAGUACGGCGAAGUCGCCAUUCCACCCGGAUGUUAACCCUCCCAUUUAUGUGGCUACGGACGACCUGAGCAGGACCAGCACGAAGAGUACCGCCGGGGCUUAA